AUUUAAAUAUUGGACAAAAUAAAAUUAUUAUAUUUGCAACAAAAACCAAUCUACAAUGCUUAUCCUGGACCCCUUACUGGAUCAUGGAUGAUAUCUUUAAAAUGGUUUCUACUAUUUUUAAACAAAUUUAUACUAUCCAUGCACCCGUUGGCACAAAUAAUAAUUCUCAAGUUUUUCCACUAGUAUAUGCUUUGAUGAGUGGAAAAUCAGAAGAACUUUAUACUCAUCUAUUUCAAACUUUGAUUGAUUUUGCAGAGGAUAACGAUUUUCAACUUGAAUCACAAACUAUCAUCACGGAUUUUGAGCAAGCAGCAAUUUGUGCAUCAUCUAAUAAAAAAAUACAAGAAGCAAAAUUAGUAACCAAAUAUGGAACUGAUCUAGAUUUAAGUGAAAAAUUACGAUGUUUACUUGCCUUGGCUUUUCUUCCACCUGAAGAAAUUCCUGCUACAUUCAAUAUUUUUAAAAAAAAAAUACCACCAAUUGCUCAUAAAGUUGCAGAAUGGUUUGAAAACACUUAUACUCUUGGAAAAAAUUGUGUUAGUGGUAAUCAUUUAGGUGCUUAUUCAAUUAUUGAAGAGAUGCAAAAAGAACAACAAAGAGUUGAUUGUCAAGUUGAAAGAAUUCUUAAUGGAGAACAAAGACCUACACCUAAAAAAAAGCAAUUGACCGUGAGAAACGAAUUAUAA